CCGGGCCCCGGGAAGGCUUCGGCUGGCUAGCCCAGGUCCCUGGCCGUCGAGAGCUCCGGCCAGCGUACGGGGAUGAGCGGGUCCCUGGGCCGGGCGGCGGCGGCUCUGCUCCGCUGGGGGCGCGGCGCGGGCGGCGGCCUGCGGGGCCCGGGCGUGCGGGCGGCGAGCUCGGGCGGCAGCGGCUCGUCGGAGCACCUGGACGCGCUGGUGAAGAAGGACAGGGUGGUGGUCUUCCUAAAGGGGACGCCGGAGCAGCCCCAGUGCGGCUUCAGCAACGCCGUGGUGCAGAUCCUGCGGCUGCACGGCGUCCGCGACUACGCGGCGUACAACGUGCUGGACGACCCCCAGCUCCGGCAAGGCAUUAAAGACUAUUCCAACUGGCCCACCAUCCCGCAAGUGUACCUCAACGGCGAGUUCGUGGGGGGCUGUGACAUUCUUCUGCAGAUGCACCAGAAUGGGGACCUGGUGGAAGAACUGAAAAAGCUGGGGAUCCGCUCCGCCCUCUUAGAUGAAAAGAAAGAUCAAGACUCAAAGUGAGGGUGGCCCAUGCGAGGAAGCCGCUGGUGUCAGAAUCUCACUGCCAGAAAAGCCUUCCCGAUUCUGGUUUUUGCUCUUCAGAUGACUGUUUGCACUGAUUCCUCCAGUUUGUAAGCAGCCUGGUGAUUUUAGCAUGUCUGGUAUUUGAGCAAGGAAUAUCCUAUCAUGAAUAACCACUGCACUGUCAUAAUCAAUGUUGUACGAUGAGAUUGCUGUAAACAAUUCCUUCUUAUGUUGUCCUUUGCUCUUUGCUUGAUUCAGGAGUAAACCUAGGAGCUUUUGAAUCAUCAUUAUUAUUCAUGAGUCCUCUGCAAAUAUGUCAGUCGGCAAAGAUAAUAUACCCCCCCUCCCCAAUUUUUUGUAACUUGUUCUGUUAAGAAAACUGAUGGACAAGGAAGAAAAGAUAACCGGGGUGUUGUUUUUUUAAAAUAAACUGCCAACCCAGGGAUAC